AUGAAAAGAAUAGUUAGUUAGAUCAUUAUCUAUUAUCGUUCACUAUACAAUAUAAAGUAAAUAAAGUUCGAUUUCGAAAAAAUAAAAUCAAAAAUAAUGAGAGAAACUAACUAAAAAAAGAACUAGUUGGAAAAUAAAGAAACAAAGGAAUUUUUCUAGAAACUCGUCCACCAAUCAAAUAUGUUCUCGAUGUCACAAUUGCCUAUCCAAAUGGAAUUCCCUUAAGUUUGGCGACUUUUGGAUUUGGAACACGCGAAAAAUGUGAUAUCGCUGUCAACUAUAAAAUUUAUGAUGCAAGCGAGGUAAGAAGUGUUCCAAACAGACAAAUAUUUAUUUUUGUGACCCUAUCUUAUCAAAAAACAUUUGUGCUAAAUCAGCAACUUACCCUUUCAACCCCUUCCUCCUCGUCCAGCAUUUCUUGUUUGUUUAUUUGUUGAAGAUUCUGAAAAGAAAAGAAAAAUGAUUAUAAACGAUUAAAAAUCUAAUUUUCCAGGUACCAUUCGAAGAUGAAGAAAAAUUGAGAGAUUGGAUGUAUGAAGUUUAUAAAGAAAAGGAUGAAAUGCUUGGUAAGGUUAACCUUGAAAAUUUUGUUAUUGUUAUCGAUAGGUCUUAUCAGAAUUUUCUCGAAAUAAACAUGUUGGUGUUCGAGAUUGAAAAUCAAAAGUUUUCAAAAAUUGGCAACAAUUGGUAGAUCAGAAAAAAAAUAUAUAUAUAAACAAAAGUAUUUAAUGGAAAAAGAUAGUUGGAAAACAGUUGUUUGAUGAGUGAUAACCUCGAACUACAUAGAAAAUUCUAUCAGUUUUUCUGUGAUAAAAGGGCAAAGGUCUCUUAUGCAAAAGUUGUUAUUUUCAGCGCGAUAUUAUGAAACUGGAGAAUUCAACCCAGGAGAAAAGGGAACUCGAAUUGCAUUUUCCUGGGCGAAAAUCAUUGGAAUGUAUGCAUUUUGGUUCGGAUCAUUCUACGCGCAAUAUGUCAUUUAUUCUUGCAUCCUGAAAAGUAUCUAUAAUUUCUUUAUGUAAUCAAUUUCUAAAUGUUUUGUCAUAAGUCACUUUUGAGAGAGCUUUUAUGGUUAAAAUAAGAUUUAAAAAUUAAUUAUGAUGAAAUCAAUAAUAAAACAGAGCAGAUCUCAAAAAAUCCCCUCUCAUCCAUAUAUUUUAUUGGUUUGCUUUAUUUUUUGUGGAAAUAUUUAAUUUACGGUUUGAAUUUUGGAUUUUAAUUACCUGUAGAAUGAGUUAAGAAUCGGUUUUUUGUUAGGACUAACGGUGAAUUUACUAUUCUUGUGUGAAUAAAUUUUUAUUUCCCGCAAAAUUGUGUUGAAAUUUCGAAAAAGCAGAGAAUAAAACAAAACGUGCAAAAAAAAUUUAAAAAAAUAAAUUCAAGGGACAGGCAUUAAAAACAAACAUGUGUCUCGACGCGACGCGUAGGCACUGUAGAUUUUUCUUGAAAAUUGUGAAUCCUAAAUUUAUUCAUUUCUUGUUUUCUGUUCUCUUGUUGGACAUUGCGUUUCCCUUUUGCGUCUAACCCGAAUAAUUCAAUCAAUAAGUUUCUGUUUUCAGAAUGGUAAACUCUCCAAUCCCAAAGGUCAAGAAAGUCAAGGAAGCUGAAGCUCCAAAAAAACCAAUGACAGCCUAUUUUCUCUGGUGAGUAACAUUCAAAUAUUUGUUUUCGAAAAAUCGGACCAGAUGUUAUAUUUUCGUGUCGCAUAAUUGUUUCACCAUGCAUUCAAAAAAUGUAUCUGUUUCGACGAAAAAAACAUGACCGAGUCCCAAUCUUAAACUUUCAAUGAUUUUUUUCAGGGCCAACGAGAACCGCUCGCGUUUGACCGCCAAAGGGAAUCCCCCACAAAUCUCUUCAAAAGGUAAGAAUUAAGUAUAAAUUUGCAUUAAAAUGUAUAGCUGAAUUUGUUUUUCAGGCUUUGGGAAAAGAAUGGCGCGCACUCGAAGACAAAUCAAAGUGGCAAAAGAUGUAUCUCGAAUUGAAAGCCAAAUACGACGAAGCAAAUGA